AUGAGCUGUAACCGUUUUCUUUUUAUUUUGAAUUCAAUGAGAUUCGACGAUAGAACUACUAGAAAUUAUAGAAGAUCUGAGGACAAACUAACUGCUGUGAGGUCAAUGCUUGAUCAAUUUGUAUAUAAUUGUAAAACAAGUUACUGCCUUAGUGAAUAUUUGACCAUUGACGAAAUGUUAGUCCCAUUUAGAGGUCGUUGUAGUUUUAUUCAGUAUAUACCAAGUAAACCUGCAAAAUAUGGCUUGAAAAUAUUUGCACUGGUUGAUGCAAAAUCAUUUUAUACGGGGAAUUUAGAAAUUUAUUGUGGGACGCAACCAGACGGGCCUUACAAUAUGUCUUCCAAGCCAUUUGAUAUUGUCAUGAGAUUACUUGACAAUGUAACGGGAUCAAAUCGUAACCUAACAUGUGAUAAUUGGUAUACUAGUUAUCCCUUGGCUACUGAAUUACUAAAAAAGCAAACAACUAUAGUAGGAACAUUGAGAAAAAAUAAAAAGGAGAUUCCAGUAGACUUUCAACCACAUAAAAAUAAAGCAGUUAAUUCUUCAUUUUUUGGAUUUCAAAAAGAAAUAAUGAUAACAUCAUAUACUCCUAAAAAAAUAAAGCUGUAA